UGCGCGCGCAUCCCGGGUUCUCACAGAUGCCACGCACGCGUGCGCAGUUGCAGCGAGCGGCUAGGUGGAAGCCUUGGAGCCAUUGAACCACUGCACUUUGUACACUCACAGGUGCUGGGCACGAUGAGAGCGGGAGAGGAGAGGCCAGCAGAGCGGGGAGCGUGCGCGGGCAGCUCCGAGGUAGAGCUGCUGAAGCUGCGCGCGGCGGAGGGCAUCGACGAGGCGGCCGAGCGCCUGGGAGCCCUGAGCCGUGCCAUCUGGAGCGAGCCAGAGCUGGCCUACGAGGAGCACCAGGCGCACCGCGUCCUGACGCGCUUUUUCGAGCUGGAGCAGCCGGCAGACUCCUGGGCGGUGCAGCCUCACUACCACCUGGCCACGGCCUUCCGCGCCGAGUGGGAACCGCCAGGGGCCAGGGCGGGGCUGCGCCCGUUGCAGCUGGGCUUCCUUUGCGAGUACGACGCGCUGCCUGGCAUCGGGCACGCCUGCGGCCACAACCUGAUCGCGGAGGUCGGGGCGGCGGCCGCGCUGGGCGUGAAGGCUGCCCUGGAGGGCCUCCCUGGGCCGCCUCCGUCCAUGAAGGUAAUUGUCUUGGGAACCCCUGCAGAAGAAGAUGGUGGUGGUAAAAUUGAUUUAAUUGAAGCAGGGGCUUUUAAAGAUCUUGAUGUUGUUUUUAUGGCCCACCCAUCCCAAGAGAAUGCUGCUUAUCUACCUGAUGUGGCUGAACAUGAUGUGACUGUGAAAUACUAUGGAAAAGCAUCUCAUGCUGCUGCUUAUCCCUGGGAAGGAGUAAAUGCCUUAGAUGCUGCUGUUCUUGCUUACAACAAUGUAUCUGUGCUUAGACAGCAAAUGAAACCAACAUGGAGGGCUCAUGGUAUAAUAAAAAAUGGUGGUGUAAAACCCAAUAUCAUUCCCUCUUACUCUGAGUUGGUCUAUUACUUCCGUGCACCCUCAAUAAAAGAACUUCGAGUUUUGACCAAAAAAGCAGAAGAUUGUUUCAGAGCUGCAGCUUCAGCUACAGGAUGCACAGUAGAGAUUGAAGGUGAUGCCCAUGAUUAUUACAAUGUUCUUCCCAAUAAGAGCUUGUGGAAAGCUUAUAUGGAAAAUGGGAAGAAGCUGGGAAUAGAAUUCAUUUCAGAAGGUUCAAUGUUGAAUGGCCCUUCAGGGUCUACAGAUUUUGGAAAUGUAACUUUUGUGGUUCCUGGUAUUCAUCCAUAUUUUUACAUUGGAUCUAAUGCCUUGAAUCAUACAGAAGAGUAUACAGAAGCUGCUGGAUCACAGGAAGCUCAGUUCUACACUUUGCGUACAGCGAAAGCUCUGGCAAUGACUGCAUUGGAUAUUAUUUUCAAACCAGACUUGCUAGAAAAAAUUAGAGAAGACUUUAAAUUGAAACUUCAAGAGGAAGAGUAUAUAAAUACAGUAGAAUAAAAGGAAGACAUUGGAGCCACCUAUGAGCCAUGAAGAAGUGAUUUCCCCCCUUAAUUCUUUUUAAUGAAUGAGAGGGGUAUGCUUGCUUUUUCAAACAUAAAGGAAUCAAUUUCUGUAACCUAAAAAAGUGAGGACAUAACAUGGAAAAAACACAGUUGAUAUAUAAAAUAGAAUUUUUCAAAAGCCUGUAUAUAUAUAUUGUAAUCUUUCAGGAGCAGAUGUAUGAUUACAUUUCUUAACCUAGUGGACAUGUUUGUUGGUGAUAUUUUAUAAAUGCAUAUGUUUUAAUUGUGUUUUAAGAGAUACACAAGGUCUCAGACCUUGUAUUGAGGGUUGACAUGUGAAAGAUUUUUUUUUUUUAGUAUAGAGUGGUGACAUUCUGUAGUUUUAAAACUCAAGUUCUGAAUUUAAGGAAAUCUCAUUUAAAUGUCCAUUUCUUUCCUGUUUUUAUAGAGUCUCUUCCUUUAUAAUUAAGGUAGAUUUCUAAUCAGAAAUGCUGUGGGUAACAACAGGAAACUCAGGUAUAAAGAACCUUGGUUUUACUAUUUGAAGGAAAUUGACAUUGUUCUUUUUAUAGAAUUAACUCUAAGAAGUGGCAUAAAGAUGCUAUUUAUAAUUCAAUAUUACUAUAAUGAGAGAAAUUUUAGGCAAGUAUUGUUGAACUCUUCCAGUAUGGUGUUUACUUGGUAGCCUGAUAUGUUUUUGAAGGACUUUCUGAGAGAGAACUUGUGGCUUCACCCACUAAACUCAGUUAAUGUCAUAUAACUAGGUAACCUAGGAACCCUAUUCAGGCUAUAAUCUGUCUGUAAACAGAAGCCAGCCUGUCCAGCUUGACUAUAAUAUAUAUUAAGUUGAAUUUUACAGAACAGAAGUUCAAGCCUCCUUAAGUCUUUUUCUAGUUUAAUUCUGAUUUUAAAGUAUUAUAAGUUCUCUGUAGCCUUAUUUUAAUGUGAAUUUCUUGAACAUGAAAAGUAUCUGAUGCAACAAAUAAACUGUGAAUAUAGGAAAGUUUCUGUAAGUUUU